AUGGGUCAAUCUCAUUCCAAGGGCAAUUCUGGCCCUGGGGAUUCUCUGCAGUCGUAUCCGUCCUUCUCCCGCUCCGACACCAAGGAGUCCAUUCGAUCCUUUCGCGGUUCGAUCCGAUCGAAGAUCCGCAGCAGUGACAGUCCCCGUGCGUCGACGUCAGCUCUGUCCCAGGCCGACGAUAGGUCCGAUGCAGGCUCUGUCAAGUCCGUUGGAAGUCGACGCGAUUCCACCAAUUUGAACCCCCCCGCUGCUGAUGACUCUGCUCCCCCAACGGACGUCCCCGAACCCCCUCCUUCCCCCUCCUUGUCGAGUAGCUUGAAGCGAGGGCACCAAGAUGUAAAUGCUAUGAAGCAGAGUGGCGAGGUCGACCUCGUGUCGGAUGCUCCUCCGACCGGGGUGGCACCGCCAGCCGGCACACCACAGACAGCCGGGGAAUCUAUCCUGAUUAAGCGAGAGGACCAAAUGAACCCGAUCUUGGAUUUUAUCAUGAAGACUCCGCUAAACUCCGAUACGUCAGGAUCUCCAGGAAUGGGCAUGGGUGCACUCAAGACCAUCGAUCUGGAUGAUAUGAUUGGACGUCUCCUCGAUGCUGGUUACUCGACCAAGGUGACCAAGGCUGUCUGCUUGAAAAACGCAGAGAUCAUGGCUAUUUGUACCGCCGCUCGCGAAUUAUUUCUCAACCAACCCGCACUGCUGGAGCUGUCAGCCCCGGUGAAGAUUGUCGGAGAUGUUCAUGGCCAGUAUACGGACCUCAUCAGAUUGUUUGAGAUGUGCGGCUUCCCCCCAGCCUCCAACUAUCUUUUUUUAGGUGAUUACGUGGACCGUGGAAAGCAGAGUUUGGAGACAAUUCUCCUUCUUCUUUGCUAUAAGCUGAAAUUUCCGGAGAAUUUCUUCCUCCUGCGUGGCAAUCAUGAGUGUGCCAACGUCACCCGUGUAUACGGGUUCUAUGAUGAGUGUAAGCGUCGCUGCAACAUUAAGAUCUGGAAAACAUUCGUGGACACCUUCAACUGCCUUCCUAUUGCUGCCAUAGUAGCGGGCAAAAUCUUCUGUGUCCAUGGUGGGCUUUCUCCAAGCCUUUCACAUAUGGAUGAUAUUCGUGGAAUCGCUCGCCCCACCGACGUCCCUGACUACGGACUGCUGAACGAUCUGCUUUGGAGUGAUCCCGCCGAUAUGGAGGAAGACUGGGAGCCCAACGAGCGGGGUGUCAGCUACUGCUUCAAUAAGAAGGUCAUCAUGAACUUCCUCCAACGGCACGACUUUGACUUGGUUUGCCGUGCCCACAUGGUCGUCGAGGACGGUUAUGAGUUCUACCAGGAUCGAAUUCUAGUCACGGUGUUUUCUGCCCCUAACUAUUGUGGCGAGUUUGAUAACUGGGGUGCGAUUAUGUCGGUUUCUGGUGAACUGCUUUGUAGUUUUGAGUUGUUGAAACCUUUGGAUUCUACAGCACUGAAGAACCACAUUAAGAAGGGCCGGAAAGAGCGAAACAGCAUGCUCAACAGUCCUGUAAGUCUUUCCACACUUGAUCUCCUCCAUUCGCCAAGGGGGAAACACCGCUUCUCGUGUAACAAUGCCGAGAGCUUUGUGCUUAUUCUCCCUUCAAUUUCCCCGUCCAGCGUAUUUACUUUUUUCUUUCCUCUUCAACUUUUCAACCGGCUAAUCAUCCGCAGCCCGCAAUCGUCUCGGCGCAAAGUUAUUAGAUGUCGUAUUGUUUACAUGUGCCAAGAAAUCGGCAUCCGCGAUAUGUCACCAUCACAGCAAUCUGGACCCUCGGCAUGCAGUUGUCGACCAACGUUCCAUGUCAUCAUCCGUGCAGUUGAACUCAAUUGA